AACUUCCGUAGCUCAACCCCUAGCCGGGUUUAAUUACCCGGAUGCGGAAGUACUUUCUCUUUUCUGUUUCAGGUCCUUCGGCCGGGGAGGCGAGGGUUUGGGCAGCAGUCGCCAGAAGCCGUCGCCAUGCCUCGCAAAAUUGAAGAGAUCAAAGACUUCCUGUUGACAGCCAGGAGAAAAGAUGCAAAAUCUGUCAAAAUUAAAAAAAACAAGGAUAAUGUGAAGUUCAAGGUGCGAUGCAGCCGAUAUCUGUAUACACUCGUCAUCACAGACAAGGAAAAGGCUGAAAAGUUGAAGCAGUCUUUACCACCAGGUUUGGCCGUGAAAGAGCUGAAGUGAAUCUCCGUCGUUCCUGCAGUUUGACCCUCGUGUAUUGUAAUAAAGGAAUGAAUGGUU